AUGGUGGGCCCAGCCCGCUACUGGUACCGACAGCUGAGUAGAUCGACGAGAUUCAAUUGGAAAGAAUUGAUGAACAGUUUUCUUGUGGAGUAUGCGGGACACGGGAUGUCCGCGAGCAGGCAAUACUACCAUGCAAAGAAACGAUCGGAGGAAGAUCCUUUACAGUACCUGUAUCGGCUUAAUGUGAUGGGAAUGCAGGCGAAGAUACCGGUGAUGACUGGAUUGCCAGCUGCGCGCAAGGAACAUGUCAAUCAUUUCAUUGACACUUUGGACGACCCCGAUCUGUCCAAUCAAUUGCUACUGCUGAAUGUAGAAGACGCGGAGGCCAUGCAAAAGACACUGCACGGAUAUCAACAAGGGAGAUCGCGUCAAGGGAAAGUGAUGAUGGGAUCGUCCAAAUUCAGACAGAAGGGAACUCAGGGUCCAGCGCUGUCUAAGCCUGCACGAGCGGUAAGGAUGGUCCGUACCGAGGACGUCUGCAGCGAGUCAGGAUCGGACACCUGCGGAUCGGAUUUGGAAGAUCGAUUGAGAUCGAUCCAUGUGGCUGCUACCGCGGAUCGCCGUUCAUCCCCCAAUGACGUUGCAGCAAACGCGAGAUCGGUCGACCCGAACACUCGUCAAGAUUAUCAAGAUCGCAAUAUGCCAUUGAAGCCGUGUACUCAUUGCGGAUCGACCAAGCAUGGAGAUCUCGGUUGUUGGAAGCGGCUCACUUGCCAGAAGUGUGGGCGUAAAGGACACCCCUCUGACAAUUGUUUUUUCGUGUGUCGUGCUUGCGGUGAGAUGCACGACCCGGGGAAGUGUCCCAUGGAGGAGUUCUAUAACAUGAUCCGUCAGUGGUACGUCCCGAAUAAGCAUGCGGGGAUGCUACCAGAGAAGGCCGAGAAGAUGUUAAACUAG